AUGUCAUCUUACCGGCCACCCUCAGCGAGAGGCCCGCAGAAAAACGUGUUCAAGUCCACGACCAACAAGCCGCUGCGGUUCGCCAUACUUGGUCCACACAAGUCGUCGAAGUCGGCGUUUGUGUCAAUCAUCGCCAACCACAUUUCGCUGGAAAACUACUACCCGACGAUCCAGAACUCGCCGAUCCUGCUGCAGUUCCAGCCGAAGCGGGAAACGUCAAGGGCGAUCCUGGACGUGAACGUUUCGCUCACGGACUUGAAGGAGCUCGGUCUCCUCGGGAACGACGGCACGGCCGGUGGCGCCGAUGACGCCCGCAUGGAGCUCUCAAGACCGCUGUUGAACAAGAUCAGCAGGAAGAACAUCCGGCUGCUGAAGAAGCGGCACCAGCAGGCGAUUCUUGCCGAGACGCACGACUACUACGACCUCGAUUAUUCGAACCCAGACCUUUUUGACGAGGAGAAGUUCUCCCCGCUGAACUCGUUCCACUCGCCGAUUGCGUCGUUCAGCAGGGGCCAGAGCUUUGGGCACAGCUUCAACAACAGUGCCGGGCGCAAAUUUCCCUCGCUCCACAGCUUCUCCAGCCGUUAUCGGGCGCCCGUGACGACGCCGAUCUUGGUCGAGCUCAUCGACACGCCGGGCGUGCUCAAGGAGGACCUCAUCCCGUUCUUGGAGCGCUCGCUAGACAACCGCUUGUCGAGAGACAUCCUCAGCAACCUUGCGAACGAAUACAACACGAACUACCGGUCCCGCGUGAAGCCGCUCAUCACGGGCUCCGGGAUCAGCGACUUGAACGCCGCCGUCGACGGCUACAUCAUCUUCUACUCGUGUGUCCCCGAGUUCGAGAACACCGACGUCAUACCGCCGCCACCAAUGUACGACGACAACGAGGACAACAACCGCCACGCGGGCACCGCAAACCCCUUGUACGCGUCCAUCAUGGAGGCCUGGAAGGAGUACCACCGCUACCACUACAGCUGGGAGGUCGGCAAGGAGUACGACAAUCUCUCGCUUUCCUCCUCGUUUAAGCAACUGUGGAAGAAUAAAGACAAGGCCCGGGACCUCAAGGAGCUCCAGGACCCGGCCCAGCGCAAGAAGAUGGAGGCCUACAUCGAGCAGCAGCUAGGCUCCGAUCUACGUCCGCCCGUCGUCGUAGUCUGCUCCCACAUCGACUCUCCCUACGCUGCUCCCUUGCUUGUCGAGAAGGGCCGCCGGCUUGCCGAGCAGUGGGGCACGAUGUUUUUCUCAACGCUUUCAAACACACUCAAGAACUUUACAGGGUCGACGACGACGUCGUCGACAUCGUCGUUGUCGUCACCGAACCUGACGGCCUCUUCAGAAAACUUGCACGUCGAAAUGCUCACGAUAAAGGAUUACAAGAAGGCUGCACGCACGUUACAGAUUGCUUUCCAGGACGACAAGUACGUGAACUACCUCACGUCGGGCAUCAAGGAGUCGAACCUCAAGCAGCAGAUGGACUUGGCGCUUUUUGAGGCCACAACGUACUCGACAAUACUCUCGGGCCUCCUUGUGGGGAUACGGGACCUCGACGGGGAGCAGGACGACCCAGACGCCCCAUUUCUGGCCGUUGCAUGCUUUCAGAAGCCUCAGAAGAAGUCCAAGGGGAAGAGUCUCUUCUCUUACCUAUGGAGCAUGUACCAGGGCGGGUACUUGAAGUUCGUCUGGUUGGCAAACAAAGAAACCCGCCAACGGGUUUUCGACGAGCAGUGGCAGUUGUUGGACCAGUAUCGAGAGGAGGUCCUAGGAGACGAGUUCGACUACAGUUGGUAUCUGUCCGACAUUGGCGCCAUCCCGAAGGGUAGAGGCAAAGGGUUGGCGAGGAAGUUGGUCGACUACGCGUGUCAGAAAUACAUCGACGUGUACAAGCAACCAAACGAUGAUGACGAUGAUGAUGACGACGACGACCUAGGAAACAACAAAAAUGGUACAACAGGGUCCAAGGCCAGCACGGGCAGCGACGAAGAAUCCAAGUUGGACAGUGAGAUACAGAGUUUCAACUUCGCCUUUGACUUGGACUCCGAUAAUCUCACCGACUACUCCGGGUACUCCUCUUUCUCGGACAACGAGUCUGCGCACUCAUCCUGGUACUACAAGGAGGAGGACGACAUUCUCUCCAAGUACGACGAACGACAACGGAAUAAGGCCGGAACAAACCCCUCCGGCCACACUAAAAUCGGUGCCUCCCUCUAUUUGGAGAGCAGCCAUCCAAGAAACAGGAAAAUAUACCAGAAGUUGGGUUUUACAUAUGUGAAAACAGUGCCCGUCGCUGACGUCCAGCUGCACGACGGCGCAAUGAAGACGCUCACCAUGGAUCUAAUGGUACGUGGUGUUAAAGGUGCUAAGUGGAAACAGGAAAGCCUGUUUGGUUAA